CUAUUUUUACCAGGUGGUUGACUUUACGAAAUCAGUCUUAUCUUGGAAGUAGUCGUCUUCAAGUUGCUCUGUGGGCAAUGUGAACCUCUCUUCUCCAAGAUGGGGUGCUUGCUAUGAUACUAAUUGUAACAGUCACGUUGGGCAGAAUUCAUCUUUAAAACUAACUUGUAAGGUGAGGGUAUUCAGGUGGUAACAAAUCCACAAGGCAAGCCACAAGCAAUAUCUAGGAUAUAAUUGCAUCUUUAUACAACUAGAUCAUUAGAACAGGAGAAUGUACUCGACGAAUUCUUUGUAACAUCACAUACUAGUCAAUGAGCAAAGACGCUAAAUUAUUAGUAUGACUGUCAACUAUGAUGCUUUGUUGGGUGAAGUUACGUACCAUGAGACUCUGGGCAUUGAAUUUUCAGAUUGUAGACUUGGAAAAUGUAGCAUUUUAGUAGUAUUUGAUGUUUGAAUUCCAAAGAAAGACUGAAGGACUUGGUUAACACGGUAGGCAGCUAAUGCUUUCACCGCCAUUUACUUUUCCAGCCCAAAUAAUUGACAUUUGUAUGCGUACAGAAAUUGAAGCUGACCCAACCAGUUGGUAUCAUGUCUUUUAUAUAUAAAAACCAACAAAUGGAAUUCCUCAACAAGGAGUAAUGACAUGGCACCAGAGAAGGAAUUAGUCCAGUUGAUAGGAUUCUGGGGGAGCCCUUUUGUCCUUAGCGUUCGUUGGGCACUAAAGCUAAAGGGUAUUGAAUACGAAUACAAGGAAGAAAAUCUUUUGAAGAAGAGCCCCCUGUUGCUGCAGUGCAACCCGGUUUAUAAGAAGGUACCGGUGCUGCUGCAUAAUGGGAAACCAUUGGUAGAGUCUCUCGUGAUAAUCGAGUACAUUGAUGAAACAUGGAAGCAGAAUCCACUCCUGCCUCAAGAUCCUUAUGAAAGGGCCAAGUCGCGUUUCUGGGCUAAAUUUGCCCAUGAAAAGUGCAUAGCGCCAAUGAUAAACUCAUUCUUCAAGAUUGGAGAGGAGCAGGAAAAGUGUGUAAAAGACGCUUGUGAGCAUUUAAGGACCUUAGAAAAUGCGCUUGAGGAGGGGAAACGCUUCUUUGGAGGCGAAACAAUUGGAUUUGUAGACAUUGCUGCUGCAUGGAUGGGAUGCUGGGCUCGAAUUAUAGAGGAAAUAUUAAGCGUAAAGCUUAUCGAUGAAGAGAAAAUGCCCCGGCUCAUUGCAUGGUUUAGCAAUGUGGUUGAAGUUCCUGCUCUUAAGGAAUGCAUGCCGCCUACACAAAAUUUGCUUGAGCACAAUAUAAAAUUCCGCAAGUUGCUGGUUGCAGCUGCUGAGCGGCGCCAAUCAGCACCUUUAACAGGGAAUUGAUGAUAGUAAAGAAGUGCGUUUUCAUAGAAUAAUGCUAUAUAACACUAGAGAUGUUAGAGCAUCAGUUUAUAUGGCAUUAUGUGAUAGGUUCAAAAAAGUUGUGAUUAGGUGAUUCAUUUAAUUGCACACACUUGGUACCACCUAAAUUAAUGUCGUAACACCAAUGAUACUAAAUAGCAUUAUUCUUUUGGAUAUGUCGAUUAUAUUAUGGUGAAGUUUAUAAACCAAUAAUUAUUAUUUAA